GCGGCGCGCGCUGGCCCCAGUCUCGGCCUCUGGGCGAUUUCCUCCGGACCCAGGCUCUCCGCCCGAGGAGGAAGAUGCAGACCUUUCUGAAAGGGAAGAGAGUCGGCUACUGGCUGAGCGAGAAGAAAAUCAAGAAGCUCAAUUUCCAGGCCUUCGCCGAGCUGUGCAGGAAACGAGGCAUAGAGGUCGUGCAGCUCUGCCUCAGACUCUCGUGAGGAUCGCAGGAGUCCCUGCAUGCCACAGGUUCGGAACAGAGCCUGGCACAGACUGAAUCUCAGCCGACCAAUUGAGGAGCAGGGGCCCCUGGAUGUCAUUAUCCACAAGCUGACCGAUGUCAUCCUCGAAGCUGACCAGAAUGACAGCCAGUCCCUGGAGCUGGUGCACAGGUUCCAGGAGUACAUCGAUGCGCAUCCAGAGACCAUCAUCCUGGACCCUCUCCCUGCCAUCAGGACACUGCUGGACCGCUCCAAAUCCUAUGAGCUCAUCCGGAAGAUUGAGGCCUACAUGAAAGAUGACAGGAUCUGCUCCCCGCCCUUCAUGGAGCUCACGAGCCUGUGUGGAAAUGACACUGUGCGGCUGCUGGAGCAGAAUGGCCUGGCCUUCCCCUUCAUUUGUAAAACCCGAGUGGCCCAUGGCACCAACUCUCAUGAGAUGGCCAUCGUGUUCAACCAGGAGGGCCUGAGUGCCAUCCAGCCGCCCUGUGUGGUCCAGAACUUCAUCAACCACAAUGCUGUGCUCUACAAGGUGUUCGUCGUGGGCGAGUCCUACACCGUGGUCCAGAGGCCCUCGCUUAAGAACUUCUCCGCCGGCACAUCAGACCGAGAGUCCAUCUUCUUCAACAGCCACAAUGUGUCAAAGCCAGAGUCAUCGUCGGUCCUCACCGAGCUGGACAAGAUCGAGGGUGUGUUCGAGCGGCCCAGCGACGAGGUCAUCCGGGAGCUGUCCCGGGCCCUCCGCCAGGCGCUGGGCGUGUCGCUCUUCGGGAUUGACAUCAUCAUCAACAACCAGACGGGGCAGCACGCGGUCAUCGACAUCAACGCCUUCCCAGGAUACGAGGGUGUGAGCGAGUUCUUCACGGACCUCUUGAAUCACAUCGCCACCGUCCUGCAGGACCAGAGCACCAGUGUGGCUGCCGCGGGGGAUGUGGCCCCUCUGAGGCACAGCAGGCUCCUGGCCGAGCAGUCGGGCAGCCUGGCGGGCGAGCGGACGUGCAGCGCCGGCCCUGGCUGCUGCAGCAGCCUGAUGGGCCAGGACACGCCCUGGACCGCAGAGGCCGACACGGGCGGCGUGGGCGCAGGUGGCUCUGCCAAGCUGCCGCACCAGAGACUCGGCUGCACUGGCGGCGUGUCGCCCAGCUUCCAGCAGCACUGCGUGGCCUCCCUGGCCACCAAGGCCUCCUCGCAGUAGCCAUGGAGCUCAAGACCCAGAGGGGCAGCGCGGAGCGCAGAUAUACCCGCUGGGCCAGCAGCUCCCGAUGGGGACGCUACUGAGAAUUCCCGAUGAUCUGAUGCUUCUUUUUUUAAUUUUUAAUCUGAUUUUAUGAUGUCAUGAUUUAAAGGAGGGGUAGGGGGAAGAUGAAGAGAGCACCUAGUAGCCCAGCUCAUGGGAAAGGGGCACCCUGCCUAGUUCCUGCUGUGCAGAUCUCUUCACACUGAGUUUACACAUGCUUGUGUUUUCAACACUAGGUGUGAAUGUGAAGUGGAUGUGUGUGUGUGUGCAGGCGUGUGUGUGUGUGCGUGCGUGUGUGUGUGUGUGUGUGAUUGCUGUGCAAGUGUGCAUGGUUGUGUGCGUCUGUCUCCAUGGCUGCUGUGGGCCAGGCCUUUGGGGACCCUGCGAGGAGGCCUGGAUGUGCGGUUGGUGGCUGCAGAGUGAACCGAGGCACGGUUCCUCGCCCUCCCAGCUCCAGGCCGCCCCCGCCCAGACCUUCCCCUCCCCCUGCCGUGUCUUCUGGACCAGCAGCCCCCACGUGUGUGGCCGAACCCUCACGCUAAGCCAGGGAGCUCUCAGGCCCUUUGGCAGAGCUUGUGCUGGGGAUCUGCACUGUGACCCGCCUUCCCACUCCAGGGAUGGGAGAGGAAGCUCCCGGGGGAGAGGCCAGGGCCCCUGGUUGCUGCCACUCUUCCCCUGCUCCCCGGAGUCACCAGGCCUCUCCAUGUAGGUCCAGCCCAGUGCUGACCCUUGCCAGGAUCCCUGGGCUGAGUCCACCUGUGCCCAGGAUUUGUGCUGGGACUUAGAACAAUUUUCCUGAGUCUUUGGGCCUCUGUCCCCUCGUCCCUAGUGGGUAGCCGAGACCAGAGAACUGAAGAGCUGGCUUUGCGCCCUAGCCCAGAGCGGCAGUCUGCUUUCUCUGUGGCACUGGGCAGGGUGAGACAUGGAGCCUCUGGGGGGCAUCAGAGCCAUCUGAGGUCUCUUCCAGGGCAGGAAGGGGACACCCAGGCCGUGUGGGUCCACUGCUGUCCACCUGCAGCAGCCCUUAUCCCGCAAGCAGGCACCGCACAGCCCUCCUGGUCUUCGUAAGCCCAGGCACUAAGCCAGCCCUCGAGGAACUGCACCCCACCCCAGCCUCACCUGUCCUGUCGUCAUGGCUGCGGGCUGACCACAGUUGAUACCAGGGUCCAGGGUCCAGGGGAUGGGGGCAUCUGAACAGCCUUCUCUGCCCAGAGUGUGUGGAGCCUGGGACUCCCUGACAGCAUCUUGUGUCAUAAGAAACCAGUCGACUUUGGAAGAGAAAAGGCCUCUGAUCUGCCCUCUGUAGUCCUGUGAGGCAGAGGACACUGGAAGGGGCCCAGAGUGGCCCUAGGGAGGCUGCCAAGGCAGGCACACAGUGGGGUUUCUGAAGGCUUCCUUCCUUCAGGGCGGGGCCAGGCUGAGGGGCGGAAGCCAAAGUGCCCAGCUUCCUUGGAAAACGGGCCCUGGGCCGCCAUGGUUACGUGAACCAAGUGUUGCCCUGAUGGUGUCUGACCCUGAGUCCGGGAAGCAGGAAAGCGUGGCCAGCCUCUUGCACUGCUUUGUUUCCGAAAUAAACUACUGAAAUCAAACUGCAUUUCACACGUGUUUACAAAAUGUUGCUCGCGUUUGUUAUGUCAUCCUCCUGAUCUUUAAAGAAAAGAUGUCUAAUAAAGCAGCUUUAUGCCUUUUAAAUAAAA